AAUAGCACGAACUCUUUAAAUUAGGAUCUAUAUAAGAGACAGUGGUUAGCUAGGGUUCGAAAGACAGUUCACUCGUUCCUCUGAUUGGAAGCCAACACGUUGCGGAUUGGGAAAAAAGCACUUCAUUUCCUUCACGAUUGCUCUCCAUUUUCCCCAGAAAGCACCUUCUUCCCAUUUGUUGAGAGAACAUAUCUCAAAUUACAGAUUGUUAAAUUUUAUAUUUUCCAAUGGGGGAUGCUGAAAAUACCCUCCCACCUUCAAAGAAGAGGGCUGCUGGAAGGGAACUAUCUCGAGAUAACCCUGGUCUUGACGAUGACGAAGACUCUUCUGAACUAGAGACUGGGACUUUCAAGAGGGCUAGUGAUGAAGUGCUGGCAGGUCGAAAAAUUGUCAAAAUUCGUCGGAAUCAGACAUCAUCAACCCCUUCUUCUAAUCCUUUUGCUGCGAUUCGCUUGGUUCCUUCGACCGAUUCCAGCUCUACUGCAUCGGAAGCUACUAGUAAAAUAGAAAUUGAGAAAACAGUUUCUGAAAAGGUUGAUGUGAAUGAGGAAACUGACAAGGUCAAAGAUGAUAAUGAUAAGCAGACAGAAAACAAGGCUGAUGAGGCAGGGGUGGAGUCUGUUGCAGAUGAGAAGAAAAUUGAUGCGGUUAAUGAGGGAAGCAAACCUGAAUCAGCAGAUGAGAAGUUAACAGAAGAGGAUAAAACUGAGAAUGAAGAUAACAAAGACACUGAGGCUGAGAACAAGGAUGAGAAAAGUAACGGUAAUGAAAAUAUAGAAAAAGGUGCAGAAUCUGCAUCGGUGAGCUCGUUCCAGCAACUUUCGAGCAGCCAAAACGCCUUCACAGGAUUUUCCGGAACUGGUUUUUCCAGUUCUACCUUCUCAUUUGGGUCGAUCCCGAAAGAUGGAUCUCCGCUAGGUUCUGGUUCUUUUGGUUUCAGUCUUUCAAAUAAUGGAAAUUCUUCCCUCUUUGGCACAUCAGGGGCUUCAACUGUUACUAAGAGCGAAGGAAGUGGAUUCCCAUCUAUGCAGGAGGUUCAGGUUGAGACCGGGGAAGAGAAUGAGAAGGCUGUUUUUACAGCUGAUUCUGUGCUUUUCGAGUUUGCUGAAGGCGGAUGGAAGGAGAGAGGGAAGGGAGAACUCAAGGUGAAUGUCUCGGCAACCAGGACUGGGAAAGCGAGACUCAUAAUGAGAGCUAGAGGAAACUAUAGGUUGAUUUUAAAUGCGAGCUUGUACCCAGAUAUGAAGCUGACAAAUAUGGAGAAGAGAGGAAUCACGUUUGCAUGCAUGAAUAGUACAGGUGAAGGGAAGGAUGGCCUUUCGACAUUUGCUUUGAAGUUUAAGGAUGGUUCGAUAGUCGAAGAUUUCCGUGCAGCUGUUACUGAACACAAAGGCAAAACAUCUGCUGUUCUUAAGACACCGGAAAAUUCUCCCUAAGGUGUCAGGCGAUUAAAAUAAUCCAAAAAAUUAGUGGUCGGAGAACUCUAUUUUAGUGUCGUAAUGGUAUUUCUGACGUCUGUUUUUCCUUUUCUCCGGGGAGGGAGAAAAUGGAUGAAGAAUCUUGUUUAGAGUUUGGUAAUUUGUAAGGCCCUAUGUAGCAGAGUUGUUAGAGUCCUAUCCGUUUUGUUGAUUUUAUCGAGUAGACUUUUGACUUGUCAAAUUCUGGGUAAAUUCUGAGUUCGGACAUUUUGCAGUUGUCCUAUCAAUCUUGAGUUAUACAGCGAAUUGCAAUCUUGCAGGUUGAAUGUA